CGCGCACUGGCGAGGGGGCAGCGCCGCCGCAGGAGGCAGGGAAACCGACUGGCGAUCUGUGGCGGCGGCUGGGCGGCGGUGGCAGUUCGCAGCGAGGGCGACGGCUCCGAGGCCGAGUGGCCGUCCGGCGAGGACCUGGGCUCCGUCCUCCGCAUGACCUCCUCGAUGCUGGGAGUUGAACCCAAGAUCUUGUCCUACUGAGUUAUAUCUGUCCCUUCAAAUGCCACUGUAUUUGGAUUUGUCCUAGUGUUCUUGUGUUUUAUAUGACUGCCUGUCUGUAUGUGCAUCAUAUGUGUGCCUGGAGCCUUGGGUGCUAGAAGAGGGCAUUGAAUCCCCUGAUACUGGAGUUACCUUAUGGACAGUUGUGAGCUGUGAUCAACCUUUGUACCUUUUCCGAAUUAAAAGAUGGUGAAGCUAGAUAUCCACACUUUGGCCCACCACCUCAAACAGGAGCGCUUGUAUGUGAGCUCUGAGAAACAGCUCAUUCAGAGGCUAAAUGCAGAUGUACUGAAGACAGCUGAAAAGCUGUAUCGAACAGCGUGGAUUGCAAAGCAACAGAGGAUUAAUUUGGAUCGGCUUAUUAUAACCAGUGCUGAAGCUUCUCCUGCUGAGUGUUGCCAGCAUGCCAAGAUUUUGGAAGAUACACAGUUUGUUGAUGGAUAUAAGCAACUGGGAUUUCAGGAAACCGCUUAUGGUGAAUUCUUGAGUAGAUUAAGAGAAAAUCCUCGUCUUAUUGCUUCCUCUUUGGUUGCUGGAGAAAAACUCAACCAGGAGAACACACAGAGUGUUAUCUACACAGUUUUUACCUCCUUGUACGGCAACUGUAUUAUGCAGGAAGAUGAAAGCUACCUCCUUCAGGUCUUACGGUACCUGAUUGAAUUUGAACUUAAAGAAAGUGACAACCCCAGGCGCCUUUUGAGGAGAGGAACUUGUGCCUUCAGCAUCUUAUUUAAACUUUUUUCUGAAGGACUGUUUUCUGCCAAACUUUUCCUUACAGCUACUUUACAUGAGCCAAUCAUGCAGCUCCUUGUAGAAGAUGAAGAUCAUCUGGAGACAGAUCCCAACAAGCUCAUUGAGAGAUUCUCCCCAGCUCAGCAGGAAAAACUCUUCGGAGAGAAAGGCUCAGAUAGAUUCAGGCAAAAGGUUCAAGAAAUGGUGGACUCCAAUGAGGCCAAACUGGUGGCUUUGGUGAACAAAUUUAUUGGCUAUCUCAAGCAGAACACGUACUGCUUCCCACAUAGUCUGAGGUGGAUUGUGUCACAGAUGUACAAAACUCUCUCUUGUGUAGACAGACUGGAGGUUGGGGAGGUCAGAGCAAUGUGUACCGAUCUUCUGUUGGCUUGCUUCAUUUGUCCCGCAGUUGUCAAUCCAGAGCAGUAUGGAAUAAUAUCUGAUGCUCCCAUCAAUGAGGUGGCAAGGUUUAACCUGAUGCAGGUUGGCCGCCUUUUGCAGCAGUUAGCCAUGACUGGCACUGAAGAGGGAGAUCCCCGGACCAAAAAUAGCCUUGGAAAAUUUGACAAAGGCUGUGUAGCUGCUUUCCUUGAUGUUGUAAUUGGGGGCCGUGCAGUGGAGACUCCGCCAAUGUCCUCUGUUAAUCUUCUGGAAGGCUUGAGCAGAACUGUGGUUUACAUAAGUUACAGUCAGCUUAUUACUCUGGUGAAUUUUAUGAAGAGUGUGAUGUCUGGAGAUCAACUGAAAGAAGAUAGAAUGGCUCUUGACAAUUUGUUGGCAAACCUGCCCCAGGCUAAGCCGGGAAAGAGCAGCAGUCUAGACAUGACUCCCUACAGCACUCCUCAGAUGUCUCCAGCAACCACUCCAGCCAACAAAAAGAAUCGAUUACCUAUAGGACAACAGUUAGCAGCCAUCACUGCCUGGGAUUCCUCAGCCACCAAUCUUACUGCUCAUAUUCCUCUAGUAACCCCUUUUGCAACUCGGAGCAGAAGCCGAACUAAUAUAUUAAUGGACCUACAUAUGGACCAUGAAGGAUCAUCUCAAGAAACCAUCCAGGAGGUACAGCCAGAAGAGGUGCUGGUCAUUUCAUUAGGGACAGGUCCCCAACUUACUCCAGGGAUGAUGUCAGAAAACGAGGUUCUAAACAUGCAGCUUUCGGACGGAGGACAAGGAGAUGUCCCUGUUGAUGAAAACAAACUCCACGGUAAACCUGAUAAAACCUUGCGCUUUUCCCUCUGCAGUGAUAAUCUGGAAGGCAUAUCUGAAGGUCCUUCUAAUCGCUCCAACUCAGUGUCUUCUCUCGACCUGGAAGGAGAGUCUGUAUCUGAACUUGGGGCAGGGCCUUCUGGGAGUAAUGGAGUUGAAGCACUACAGCUGUUAGAACAUGAACAAGCUACAACACAAGAUAAUCUUGAUGAUAAGCUGAGGAAGUUUGAGAUUCGUGACAUGAUGGGACUAACAGAUGAUAGGGACAUAUCAGAGACAGUGAGUGAGACCUGGAGCACUGAUGUCCUGGGAAGUGACUUUGACCCAAACGUUGAUGAAGAUCGUUUGCAAGAGAUUGCAGGUGCAGCAGCAGAGAAUGUGUUAGGCAGUUUGCUCUGCCUCCCGGGCUCAGGGUCAGUUCUCCUUGACCCUUGCACUGGUUCUACCAUAUCAGAGACUACAAGUGAAGCUUGGAGUGUAGAGGUAUUGCCAAGUGACUCAGAGGCUCCAGACUUAAAGCAGGAGGAGCGCCUCCAAGAGCUGGAGAGCUGUUCUGGAUUGGGCAGCACAUCUGAUGAGACGGAUGUCAGGGAGGUCAGUUCCCGCCCCAGCACACCAGGCCUCAGUGUUGUGUCCGGGAUAAGUGCUACAUCAGAGGAUAUUCCCAAUAAGAUUGAAGACCUGAGAUCUGAGUGCAGCUCUGAUUUUGGGGGUAAAGAUUCUGUAACCAGUCCAGACAUGGACGACAUAGCCCAUGGCGCCCACCAGCUGACCUCUCCUCCCUCUCAGUCAGAGUCUCUGCUUGCCAUGUUUGACCCACUGUCUUCACAUGAAGGAGCCUCUGCUGUAGUAAGGCCGAAGGUUCACUACGCCCGGCCCUCACAUCCACCACCGGAUCCCCCAAUUCUGGAAGGUGCAGUGGGAGGAAAUGAGGCCAGGUUGCCCAACUUUGGUUCUCACGUUUUAACUGCAGCUGAAAUGGAGGCUUUCAAGCAAAGGCACUCUUACCCUGAGAGACUGGUUCGCAGCAGGAGUUCUGAUAUAGUAUCUUCUGUGCGGCGACCCAUGAGUGACCCAAGCUGGAACCGACGUCCAGGGAAUGAAGAACUCCCUUCAGCUGCAGCCACUGGUGCUACUUCUUUGGUGGCUGCACCUCACUCAUCAUCUUCGUCCCCUAGUAAGGACUCUUCAAGAGGAGAGACUGAAGAGCGCAAGGACAGUGAUGAUGAGAGAUCAGACAGGAGCAGACCUUGGUGGAGAAAGCGAUUUGUUUCAGCUAUGCCUAAAGCUCCUAUACCAUUUAGAAAGAAAGAAAAACAAGAAAAAGACAAAGAUGAUCUGGGGCCUGACAGAUUCUCAACACUCACAGAUGAGCCCAGCCCUAGGCUCAGUGCACAAGCUCAGGUUGCUGAAGAUAUUCUGGACAAAUAUCGGAAUGCCAUUAAGCGGACCAGCCCCAGUGAAGGAGCAAUGGCAAAUGAUGAGAGUGCAGAGGUCAUGGGUGACGGUGAAAGUGCUCAUGAUUCUCCCCGGGAUGAAGCACUGCAGAACAUCUCGGCUGAUGAUCUCCCCGACUCUGCCAGCCAAGCAGCCCAACCUCAGGAUUCUGCUUUCUCUUACAGAGAUGUAAAAAAGAAGCUGAGGCUCGCACUUUGCUCUGCAGACUCCGUGGCCUUCCCAGUGCUAACUCACUCAACAAGGAAUGGGUUGCCAGACCAUACAGACCCGGAAGACAAUGAAAUUGUAUGCUUCUUAAAAGUUCAAAUAGCUGAAGCAAUUAAUUUACAAGAUAAGAACUUAAUGGCUCAACUUCAAGAAACAAUGCGUUGUGUGUGCCGCUUUGACAACAGGACAUGUAGAAAGUUGCUGGCAUCCAUUGCUGAAGACUACAGAAAAAGAGCCCCAUAUAUUGCUUAUCUUACCCGCUGUCGACAAGGACUGCAGACUACACAGGCUCACUUGGAAAGACUCCUGCAAAGAGUUUUGCGAGACAAAGAGGUGGCCAAUCGGUACUUUACCACUGUCUGUGUGAGGUUACUGCUUGAGAGCAAAGAAAAGAAGAUCAGGGAGUUCAUUCAAGACUUUCAGAAACUUACUGCUGCUGAUGAUAAGACUGCUCAAGUGGAGGAUUUUCUACAGUUCCUCUACGGUGCAAUGGCUCAGGACGUCAUCUGGCAGAAUGCCAGCGAGGAGCAGCUGCAGGAUGCCCAGCUGGCCAUUGAGCGGAGUGUAAUGAAUCGGAUCUUCAAACUUGCUUUCUACCCUAACCAGGAUGGGGACAUCCUUCGAGACCAGGUUCUACAUGAACAUAUCCAGAGAUUAUCCAAAGUAGUGACUGCAAACCACAGAGCUCUGCAGAUUCCAGAGGUUUAUCUUCGCGAGGCACCGUGGCCGUCUGCACAGGCAGAAAUCAGGACGAUAAGUGCUUACAAAACCCCUCGGGACAAAGUGCAGUGCAUCCUGAGGAUGUGCUCCACCAUCAUGAACCUCCUGAGUCUGGCCAAUGAGGACUCUGUCCCUGGGGCGGAUGACUUUGUUCCUGUGUUGGUGUUCGUGUUGAUAAAGGCAAACCCACCCUGCCUGCUGUCUACUGUGCAGUACAUCAGCAGCUUCUAUGCCAACUGUCUGUCUGGAGAGGAGUCCUACUGGUGGAUGCAGUUCACAGCAGCAGUGGAGUUUAUCAAAACCAUCGACGACAGAAAGUGACCAAGACCAGCCCCACCAAGGCAGCAGACUGUAGCCAGGAAACAUAUCUCUAAGAAUGUGUAGUGGCUUCCUUGAAAGCUGAACAUUGUUUUGUCUGAUGCUGUAUAGCUUCCAGAUGUUUCCACAUGGCUCUUCCUACGCAAAUUAACAAGCUAGCACGCAGGUUCUCGUUCCUUUUGGUCUUUCUGAGUUGCAUAUUUUAUUUCUUGUCCCCAAGUAGAGAGUAGUACUGUACUGCAAAAGGGACCAUGUUUUUCAGGUGUUUUAAAUUUUUAAAAAACAGAACAGAAUCUUUUAGGAAAUGUCCAGAUCUCAGUUCAUGGAUUCCCCAUUCGUCCCUAUCGUUUUUAGAACAGUGUGCCUCUUCCAAUCGCUGUAUGUGCGUUAGGUCGUGAGGCCCGCUGCCCUGAGGGUCUCAGGAGGUGCACUGCAGCCUCCCUGUAGAUACAGUCUCCUAAUGAAAAGCCAAGAAGGAAAUGUAAAUAUAAUAUAUAUUUAUAUUUGAUGAAUAUGGGCAUCUUCAGACUCUAAUAAACAAGGACAGUUGCUGAGAGCAGGCUGUGACAUUCCCUCUUGUGAAAUGGUUUCCUUGACAAAAUUUAAGCUGAGCUUAAAAGCAAAAGCAGAAAUAUUUAUUAGUGUGUAAUACAGUUUAUUACUCUCCCUGUGUGGAGCUUGAUGGGGAAGUCAUGUAGGAGUGUGCUACCGUGGGCAUGUGUCAGCCUGCACAUGAGGACAGACUCUCCCGUGCAUUACAUAGGAAGAGCAGUACACACAGGUGUGCCAUGUCCUUCGCACCUGCACACCGAGUAGAAGUCACAGAUAGGGCUCCCUACAGACCCUUAAUUGUCAUCUGUUUUUGAUGAUUCUUCACAUUGAAUGCACAGACCAGGGAUUCAGUGAAUGUCAUUUUUUAAAAACUAAUUUGUAUCGUCUGCUCUACUGAUCCAGGUUUUACUAGUGUUAAACUAUUUUGAUCAGCCACACUAUUCUUAUGGGAAAAAGAAAUCUAUUUUGGCAGGUUUCUGUGCCUUUAUUGCCCUCUUCUGGAAAAAAAAAAAAAGUAUCUCUGUAGUUUGGUUUGCAUUGUACAUCAGUAAUGAAUCAGGAAUGGGCUUUGGUGCCUGAGAAGCUGGCCAAGAAGGCACACCGAAGCUUCAAGCACAAGUCUUGUACAUAGGCAUCACUGACUGGGUUCACCUUGUAUGUUUCCUAAACAUGUUUAGCUUUUAUGACAAAUGCUGCAAUCCCAUACUUCCAAGUCCCUUGUGGUGGCAGCAAUACAGGCAUCUUCUAAGGGACCUGUGAUGACCAGCCGUGAGCAGAUGGAUAGAGGCCGUCUGCUCCCCUCUCUGAGAAAUCGGCCGCACCGUGCCAAAAGAAGCUGGGUUUUCUUCAUGCUUCCACCUCUUCUCUUUCCUUUAAAAUCCCCAAAUAGGAAUUUACAUAGGAGUGUGAGGUGUGGUUUCUGCCUUUUAGGGAGAGAUCAAAACUAAACUAGUAUCACAAAAUAUCCUUGAAAUGUUGGGUCAGGAAAUCUAUGUACUUCAUGGGCUGUCAUUGUCAAUCUUGCCGUGGAGUUAGAAGUUACAUCCCGUCGUAAGUACAUUGCAAGCCAAAAUCUGACAUGGUUCUGCAACUAGAUGGGACUCUAACAUCUACUUCAGCAUUUAUUCAAUAAAUGUCAAGUCAACAGAUUUUGAAUAGUUGGAAUUCAUUGUUAUGGGACUUAACUUGUAAAUCAUCGAGAGAUUUUUUCUCUCUCUCUCUGUAAUGGUAGCUAAAUAUAUUCCAUGUUAUCACUGUGGAAAUAAAUAUGAAGAUGUGGACAUUGCA